CUGCCUCUUAAGAUUCCCGACGGCAGAGAUGAGGUCGCCCGGUUCUCUAGAGGUCACCUACGCGCGGCUGUAAGGUUAUUGGAUUCUACUUAAAAUGGAAGUUGACAUUAAUGGAGAGGCCAGAUCUAUGCUAGCCCCUCUCCCCUUGCCUAUUGCUGAAGUGAGUGCUGCAAGCAAAACAGACGAGAAACCUCGCUGCUCCAGCACCCCAUGUUCACCAAUGCGCCAGACUGUUUCAGGUUACCAAAUCCUCCACAUGGAUUCUAACUACUUGGUUGGCUUCACUACUGGAGAGGAGCUCCUGAAAUUAGCCCAAAAGUGCACUGUAGAAGAACAGAGUAAUGUUGAAAUGAUAGGGCCUACUUUGCGUUCCAAACAGCUUGAUGCAGGACUUUCUCGUUCUUCCCGAGUGUGCAAAGCCAGAAGCAGGUAUUACCAGCCUUAUGAGAUCCCAGCGAUCAAUGGCCGUAGAAGGCGACGGAUGCCCAGCUCAGGGGAUAAAUGCAGCAAGCCACUACCUUAUGAACCAUACAAGGCAUUUCAUGGUCCUUUGCCCCUCUGCCUUUUCAAAGGUAAAAGAGCUCACUCAAAAUCCCUAGACUACCUCAAUUUAGACAGAAUGAACAUCAAGGAACCAGCUGAUACAGAAGUGCUUCAGUAUCAGCUCCAGCACCUCACGCUCAGAGGGGACCGUAUGUUUGCUAGGAACAACACAUGAACAUAAAUCAUCCUUCAUUCUUCACUGCAUCAAGAUUGUCUAUACAACGUAGGCAGUCAUGCACUUGGUACCUGAUUGGAUCAGAAAAGUGUUAUUAGAUAAUAGGAAGCAUAGGAAGAUAAGGUGUAUGUUUGUGCAUGAGUGUGUGUGUGUGUGUGCGCGCGCGCAGAUGCGUGUGUGGAAACUACAUGGAAAGAAAAAGGAGUUCUGAAAAAUUCUGACAAGAAAUUUAUUUGGAAUACUGUAACAAAACAUGUUUUGCACAUGGAUACCUGAAAUUUAUGGCAAUUUAACACUCAAAAAUUGAUGUAAUGUGAAUUUUGUUUCUGACUGAGCUUGCUGUAAGAAAUUACUCAUGGAUAAGCAUUGAAAUAUAUUAUUUAAUAUUAAUCAUAUGUGCAUAUGCAAUGAGUUUUGCAUUAUAGGACAAAAUGUUUCACUAAAACCGUGUGCUCUUUAAAAUAGUCCAGUUUGCACUCAGUAUAGCUGGAUUUGCACUGGGAACAAAAGAAAAAACAAUCGCUAAUGAAAUUAAGCCUCAGUACUUACAUUACUAGAGAUGACUGUUUUUAAAUGUAUAAUUGAAUUACUACUUGCAUUUCAAACUAAUUUCAGUGUAAUUUUUUUAAACAAAAUCCUAAAAUGUGUUUUAAAGAAAAAAAUAUUGAAAGAAAAUCACUGACUUUAAUUUUGUAUGUUUUUUUAAAUAAUUAUCUUAACACAGAAACCUUUAUAGUGUGUGAUGUAAGUAUGAAUAUAGAUAUUUGUGUGUCAGUUUGUGUAUAUAUAUAUACACACACACACAUAUAUACACAUACACUUGCACAAAUGCUGAAAACGCAUUUGCAUCUGUGAUAUUCAACAUUUAGAUUUUACAGUAACAGUACUACAUAGAUAUGAUGAUUGAUUGUUAUGACAUUUUAGCACUGCAUUUAAACAUUCCAAUUUAUUUACAGCACUGAUCAUUACAAUUUUGUCUUGUUUUGUUUUUCUUUAAAAAAGAAAAGCUUUUCAGGUUACAACUAAAUUAUUGAUUUCUUCAAAUGUACUGGUGUAAAUCAUCUCCAAACAAAUCAUAUUUUACAUUUUAAUAUUUAUUGUUACUCUCUUUUAAGAUAUGCUGCUUAUUACUGAAAGAGUGUGCAAUCAUGUUAUGUUCUUGAUCUGUAAAUUAUUUAGAAAUGAAAGCUUAACUCUUGUGGAUACGGUAAGGAAUGCUUAAAUUGUUUAUGAAACAAAGCCUUUUUAAAACCAUUCCUUGCAGAUUUGAUUUACUUGGAAAAGACUUGUUUCUUAAGAAUGAAUACAGAGAGCAUAUGCUUUGAAAGCAUAAGGGUUGUCUCUUCUUUGACAUCUUGUGCAAAAAUUAUGCCCAACUGGCAGUGCAUAAAUUAUGGAUCAGGUUUUUUUAACUUGAGAAGAUGCUUGUAAUUUUUACAAGUUGCAUUGCUGUAUUAGAGUGAAAAAUGAUUUCCUAAGGAACUACUCUGCAUGGCCUUCUAGUGUAAACAGAAGAGUACUGUCCAAUGCCAAAGAAAGGAUUUUUACAUUUACUGAUUAAGCAUAAAUAAUCAAUAUUAAUUGAUUUUAUCUAUGAAGCAACAUUGACUAGAAAAUAAAAGGGUAAUAUCCCUACUUUUCUGUGGCCCUUGGUAUGUGUUGCUCUUUUAAAACCUGGAAAGAAAAUCUGCCUGAUUAUAUAUCAUUUUACAUUCUUUCCUAAAAAUGUAUGUAUAUUAUAAAUGUAUGCAUCAAUUUUAUAUAUUUUCAUAUAUAUUGUAGGCCCUGACACACAAAAGGAAUUUAGUUUCCAUAUUUCAGAAACUAUGACAUGGAAUCUACCACACAUUUAAUAUUCAGAGAACUGCUAAAGUCUAAUCACUUUUUCCUUGCCAUUGUAAUAGCAGAAACAGCUGCAUUUGCCUACAGCUCACUUUAUAAUGAGACUUCUCAGUGAUUUUCUAUUUAUCUGAGAAAGAAUUGCCCAUUGGAAAGAAAUAGCCAUGGUAUAUGCAUGAAUCUGUUCUUGUUAUGAUGUGCAAUGAAUAACUGCAUUUUGGGAGAUAGAUAAUACAUAUAAGAGAAUCCUCAGAUUUGUUGUUAUAAAAUUUGCUUGUAAAUGGUUGGCCUCACUUUAUGUGGCUUUUGAACUAUUUUCUUGAAAAAAAAGUUAUUUUUUAAAUUUUGUUUUUAAUUUCUAAAGUUCUCUACAUCUCUUAAGUCAGUUUCCUGGCAAGAUAAUCAGUCCAUUGCUGACAACUUAUGGGAUAAAAGUGGGAAAAUACAAAUUUGACAUUUUUCCCCACUAUUUUUAAAAAUUGUUCUAAAAGUUAUUGAAACUAUAGCAUAUCAAUUUCUUGUCUUGUAUGAAAAUUUGUUUCAGUGAUUGAAUUCAUUGCCUGGAGUUUGCUCUUUUAUCACUGUUUUAAAAAGUUUUUUGAGAGUUGGGCGCAUUUAACGCUAAAUACAUUCGUUUUAUUAGAUAACUUAACUUGAAAUGCAUAUUGAAUGAUGAUUUACCAAGAAAGUAAAACCUGAAUGGAAAAUUAUGACCUG